CUCUGAUCCCUGGUUCACUCUGUGCCGUGGACAAGACAAUGGAGGAGACAUUCAUGAGAUUUGCAAAGUCAGAUGGUGGGUUCAUAGGUCUCUUCUCAAUGUAUGGUGCCUACCAGCGAUGGUGUCGUACUACGUCAAUCCGGGCUCAAUACUUUGAGAAGAUGCUGGAGAUCUGUGACCUCAUCGAUGACCCUGACAGCUCGAAGGAUGGAAAACAUUGAGAACUGGAGAGAGCUGAAGUCAAGAAAUCAGAGGAGGCAGUUCAGCGUACUAUCUCUGCUAUUCAAAACUUUACCAAUCCUUUCUCCUUGGUUGACAAAGAACACCUCUACAGCCUCGCAUCUGGUGCCCCUGCUUCCCCGGACGUGGAGUUUGAUGUCCUACGUGCAGAGGCAGCUGGUAAGAAGUCCAAGGAAGCUUUCAUCCAAGAUCGCUUUGUGAGUGGCUCUUCUGAGGAGCUGUUCUUUGAGCCAAUCAAGAAGCUGAAGCUGAAGACUAUGGAUGCCUCAAACAAAACAGUCAAGCUCACUGCCUCCCAAGGAAAGGUAUUGCAGUACCGUGAACAAAGUGACCUCGCCUUCAUGCUUCUCAUCAAGUCACAGAACCUUGAUGAACCCCUCAACCUUGACGAGCUGAUGCGGUACUCACUCUUCCCAGUUCCUCCCAGCCUAGGCACAGCUGAUGGGUUCUUCAAUAAGACCAACAAGGCUGCAAUGCUUCACUACUUGAUGGAAGAUGCUCCUGAAGAGGUCACUUAUCCAAAGGAAGCUUUCUACAUCCAGGAUGGCAAUGCACUCUUCCAUGCCUUGAUGAACCUCCCACCAACGUUAGAAGGAAUUUGUCUCCAGUCCCUUGACCAUAUGGUGGCUAAGAAGCAUUUUGUCUUCUCAACGGACUCCUAUCAUGAUGAUUCUGUCAAGGCUCAGGAGAGAUUGCGUCGUGGCGUGUCCCAGCGGUACAUCAUAGGUGGUCCUGCAACAAGGAAGCCGACUGACUUCAAACUCUUCCUGGCAAAUGAUGAGAACAAGACACAACUCUGUAAACUUCUACUUGAGGCGUGGGGCAGCAAAACCUCAGCAUCACGGCUGGAGAAUUGUGGAACAGCAGUGGUAGUUGUUGAAGGCAAAGCAUAUCAGCUUAAGUCAUCUGGUGGCAAUGUGACCACAUGUGAGAUACCUCAGCUGGAGUCAACCCAGGAAGAGACUGACACCCGGGUUGUUCUGUACCUGCAGUAUGCCGCUCAACUUGGGUACAAGGCGGUUGUGGUGAGGACCCCAGACACAGACAUUUUCUUCAUCCUCCUGCACCACGCACAAUCCAUCCCGCUGACCAUCUACGUCGACAUUGGGACCGGAAAGCACAGGCGGAUCCUAAAUGUCAGCGAACUGGCAAAAUCUAAGGGGGCAGACUACUGCACAACAGUACUCGGCCUAUACGUCUUCACGGGGGAAGACGUUACAAGUACCUUUAGAGGCAAAGGGAAGGUUGGGCCUCUGAAAAAGCUGCAGAGUAAUCCAAAGUAUCAUGCAGCCUUCAGAAAACUUGGUGAUCAGUGGUCUGUGGAACCGGAUGUGGUGGAGGACAUCGAGGCAUUUACAUGUGUAAUGUAAGGCCAGGCCCGUGAAAAAUCUGUGAACAACGUGCGCAGCAUCAUGCUGAAGAAAAUGAUCGGAGAGGAUGAGACGCUUACCACCAGAUCCAAGGUGGAUCUGUCCCGGCUCCCACCCUGCAGAGACAACCUGGUCCCACAUAUCAACCGUGUCAACCACCGUCUGGCCAUCUACAAGAGAGCAGCCAAACCGAUAUUCUGGUGUCCCAAGCCCCAUGAUCCUGGCCAAGGCUGGGAAAAGACUGAAGAGGGUACCCUGGAACCAGUGUGGUCUUGUGGCCCUAUCCUUCCCACUUCACUCAUUGACUUGCUGGAGAAAACAGUCGAGGAGAUGGAUGGAGAUGGUGAAGAAGACGAGGAGCAAGAGAUUGAUUAUGAAGACCUGCUGAAUGAUGAAUAGACAUUUUAAUUUUUUACAUUUUUACUUUUUCAAUUUCAGUUUAUUCUAAUGAUACACAUAUGAGUGUGUUUGUCCGUUUUGUUUCAAUAAAUAAAAUACUAAUAUAACAGUUUGAAAAAGAUCUCCUUAAGGUGUAUGGGAGAUGUUUCUUUGGACCAAUUCUGCCCAAUUCCGCCUAUUGAUUAGCCUACAUUUUUAGCAUUUAAUUGUGUGUUAAUGUUCCAUACAUAUUCCAGUCAUGCCACUACCCAUCCCUCUCAAUGUCUUAUGCCAAAAUGAAACAGAAAAUAUGGUAAUUUUUCAUUACAUAAUGUACAGUUAAGAGAUUAUGUACAUUUUUUAUUUUUUUGGGAAAUCCAAAACCAUAUUUCAAGUGGGGAUCAUCAACAUUUGUUUAUGAGACAUCUUAAAGACUAAAAAUACAAAAGUUAGAAAACAUAUAUCAAUAGGGGUCCAUAGGGGAGGAGUUCCAGUGAUCCAAUGUCACAGAUUUUGUACAUUUUUUUGUGUUUAUUUGAGUUUUUAUGCACCAAACAUUAUCUAAUCAUGACAAUCCUCAUCUCUAUCAAUUCUUCAUACAAAGACGAAGAGAAAAUGGGGUGGAUUGUGUCUGUAGAAUGUAUUGUUCAAGAUCUAUGUAGUUUUAAAAUCUUCAUUUUUCACAGCUAGCAUCUCAAGUGCAGCACC